UUCUGUCUGGCGAUAUCCAUUAUGCCACUCUCCGUACUAAAAGAAGUACGUAUAUGUCAGAUAGAGUUUGAAACUUCAGCAUAAUUGCUAGCGAUUGAUAAAGGAACCGAAAUCUCUAUGUAUAAAGUCCUUAUCAUAAGGCUGCUAGAACUUGUAUAGACUCGCAAUGGGAGCCAGUCGGAAGCUUCAGGGAGAAAUUGAUCGAGUGUUGAAGAAGGUUCAGGAGGGAGUCGAUCUCUUCGACAGCAUUUGGAACAAGGUCUACGACACUGACAAUGCCAACCAGAAGGAGAAGUUUGAGGCGGAUUUGAAGAAGGAGAUUAAGAAGCUCCAGAGGUACAGGGACCAAAUUAAGACAUGGAUCCAGUCCAGCGAAAUUAAGGAUAAGAAGGUAAGUGCUUCUUAUGAGCAGGCAUUAAUGGAUGCUCGCAAGCUCAUUGAGCGUGAAAUGGAAAGAUUUAAAAUAUGCGAGAAAGAAACAAAGACCAAGGCAUUUUCCAAGGAAGGAUUGGGCCAACAACCAAAGACGGACCCAAAGGAAAAGGCUAAAUCAGAGACUAGGGAUUGGUUGAACAAUGUGGUUAGUGAGCUUGAAAACCAAAUCGAUAUCUUUGAAGCUGAAUUGGAGGGACUUAGUGUUAAAAAAGGGAAAUCAAAGCCCCCGAGAUUGACUCAUUUGGAGACAUCAAUUACUCGGCACAGGGCGCAUAUAAUGAAGUUAGAGUUGAUUUUAAGGUUACUGGAUAAUGAUGAAUUGAGUCCAGAGCAAGUCAAUGAUGUCAAAGAUUUCCUGGAUGACUAUGUGGAACGUAAUCAGGAUGACUUUGAUGAGUUUAGUGAUGUUGAUGAGCUUUAUAGCUCUCUACCUUUGGAUAAGGUGGAAGCUCUUGAAGAUCUAGUGACCAUUGGUGCCACUGGUCUUCUCAAGGGUGUGAGUGCUGUAGUAAGCACAACAAAAGUUUCUAUUGCCGCAACACCUUCUCUUCCAUCAGUAACAAUAGCACCUCCUGCUCUGCAAAGUGGUCCGUCCCAAGAGCAAGCAGAUGAAAUAGGUUACCAAGAGAGUACCUCUGAUGCAGUUGCUAGAGUCUCACAUCUUAAAAGUGGUGCAGUUUCUUCUUUAGUUCCAGCAACACCUGUUGCGCCCCGUGCAGUCCCUGUUACUGCUGUUGCUUCAUCUCCUAUGAAUGUGCCAAGUGCUAUAAAAGUUGAGGAGAUUACUGGGUUCCCUGGCCGGAAAGCAUCUCCAACACACACUGAAGCUGGAUUAAGGGACAUUGAUAGAAAUGGCCUCUCUAGUCAACCUGCAACCAGCAUUUCACUUGGUUCUAUUAAUUCACUAUCUAACGAUGGAGCUAUAGGUGCUACUCCUGUUUCAGAAGUGACAAAGAGACAUGUUUUGGGAUAUGAUGAAAGACUUGGGAGUACUGGCACGGGGCAGCCUCUUGUGUCCCCUUUGGUCAAUCAAUCGAGCAUGCCACAAGCUGCUAAGUCUAGUGAGGGAAUGGGCACUAGUGAAAGUGGUCCUGGUGGUGAGUCCAAUGUUGCGGGUGGUAGGGUUUUCUCUCCUUCUGUUGUGCCUGGAAUGCAGUGGAGGCCUGGGAAUUCCUUUCAGAAUCAGAGUGAAGUGGGACAGUUUCGUGGGAGAACUGAAAUUGCUCCUGACCAGAGGGAGAAAUUUUUACAACGGUUUCAGCAAGUGCAACAACAGGGUCAGAGUAAUAUUCUUGGAAACCACAAACUGUUCUAUGCACAGCAUCAGAAUCCGCUUCUCCCUCAGACGUCAAGCUUGUCAUCAACCUUGAAGGAAGUCACCCAUAAUGGAAACCUUAUCACGAUCAAAUGGCGCCAUUAGAAACAAAUAAUCCACAUGUGAUGGCACUCUUGAUUUGUUGGACUACGGAGAUACUCAUUUGCAGAUACUGUUCUAUUCUCAAGUCUCCUCUGUGACUCCUCAACUUGGAUUGGGAACAGGAGCCCCUGCUGCAUCCCUUAAUAAUGUUACUUCAUCGGGACUAUCGCAGCAGCAAUCAGAUGUUGGGAGGCACUCAAAGGUUGAAGAGUUGCAACAACAGGUCCUGUGUGAAGAUGUUUUGACAGAUUCUGCUCCUUCUCCUGCACCUUCCCCGAGCCUUGUAAAGAAUCUCAUAAAUGAGGAUGAUUUUAAGGCUUAUGCAUUUGAUACGCCCGUAAAUGGUGGAGUGGGCAGUUCUCUUGCAGAGCAACCUCAGCAGCUUCCAAGGGAUAUUGUUGAUUUAUCUCCUGGGCAGCCAUUACAAUCAAAUCAACCCUCGGGUGGUAGCCUUGGAGUUAUCGGUCGAAGAAGUGCAGCUGAUCUUGGUGCAAUUGGUGACAACUUGACCUCACCACCCGCGAAUCCUGGAGGAGUGCAUGACCUGUUAUACAACUUACAAAUGCUCGAGUCUGCUUAUUACAAACUUCCUCAGCCAAAAGAUUCUGAGCGUGCUAAAAGCUAUACACCUAGGCAUCGUGCGGUGACCCCUUCAAGCUACCCUCAAGUGCAAGCGCCGAUUGUUAAUAAUUCCUCAUUUUGGGAACGACUAGGGGCUGAUAACUAUGGGACUGACACUUUAUUCUUUGCAUUCUACUACCAACAGAACACAUAUCAACAAUACUUGGCAGCAAAGGAGCUGAAAAAGCAAUCUUGGAGAUACCACAGAAAGUACAACACAUGGUUUCAGCGGCACGAGGAGCCUAAUAUUGCCACAGAUGAUUAUGAACAAGGGACAUAUGUUUAUUUUGAUUUCCAUAUCGCCAAUGAUGAGCAUGGCUGGUGUCAGAGGAUCAAGAAUGACUUCACAUUCGAGUACAAUCACCUUGAAGAUGAUCUAGUUGCUUAGGAGUUAGGAUUGUUCCUUGAAAUAUGUCUUCAUUAGGUUAUGAUUUGUAAUCUCCCAAUUUCUUCAUGCCAUCUAAUAUUUAAUUGGAAAAGUUUAUCAUUCAUGCAUCUGCAUUCUUACAAUUCUAAUGAUAUCAAGAGGUGGGUUCGGUAAAAACGUUUCACCUUUGACCGAAUGCCGAACAAAAUUCUAGUAUAUUUUGUUACGUUUGGUCUUUGCAGUUUAGUACAUAGAACUGCAUCUGUGCUGUUUGGUUUGUUCUGGUUCAUUUUUCAG